AUGAAGCGAAAUAGCUCGAAAAUCUGCAGUCGCUGCAUUGGCCGAGACAGGAAGAAAGCCCUCGACGAGCCCUACUUCUUUAGCGCUGCGAAUAACCUUGAUUUUGGGGAAGUCCCCGCCAAUCUACCUGAUCUAACGAUGGUCGAGGAGAUGCUCAUCGCUAGGGUUCACGUACAUGUGAAAGUCUUGCAGGUGCGUGGCGCUCAAUACAAAUAUCGCGGUCACGUUGUCCACUUCCUUCGCAAUGUUGGCAGGCUCUUUGAAGAGCUCCCAGUCCUACCUGAAGAGCUAGAUAUCGUCCUCCUGCGGCCUCCUAAUGUGGAGGGCGACCCUCGCUUUCGGCAACAGUUUGCUCGCGAUUUCCGGGUUGUGGAAGAGGACCCUAGCGAUGCCGAUGCAUCAGCGAUCCCGAAUUUGCAGGUCACUGAUACCGAAUUGAACGCUCUGCAGUCCCGAUUUCUUGAUGGGACCCCUAACCCUGGGCGCAUGACUGAUCUGGAGUAUAUGCCGCGUAGCGCGCAGACUCACCACCAGAUGCCACUGCCUUCCAUUCGCAGGACCCCUAUCGACGAAUUCAACCGUUCCCAGCCGCUGUUAACGCUCGCGUUCCCUACCCUCUACCCUGACGGCAAGGCCGACUUCGUGGAGCUUCGCUUACGGAGCAUCACGUAUCAGGACUACCUUGGCCAUGCGAUGAGAUGGCAUGACGGACGUUUUGCCCGCCAUAAGACGUGGCCUUUCGUCGCCCUCAAUACGAUGUUACAGGAAGCGAUGGCUGAGCCUGACGAGCCGGAGGCUCAGGCGCUGAUCCAGUCAAUCACGCGCCAAGCCGCGGUAAUCAGGGGCACCCGGCCGUAUUGGUAUAAGCAAAGGAAGGAAUUGGAAGCAUAUGCCUAUAAUCUAGGCAAGCCUGGCCUUUUCGCUACUGCAAGUGCAGCCGAUUACCACUGGGAAUCCCUAUACCGUCAUAUGCCUCGAUUUGACGAGUGGCAAACAGCUCCUGAGGUGGCGCGGAUGGCUCUAUCCCGGCAACUGCUGCGGGACAACGCCCACAUCGCUGCUUACCACUUCCAUAAACGUUAUACGCUAUUUAGGACCAUUGUCCUGAAGCAGAAGUUCAACCUAACGGACUCUUGGGGCCGCUACGAGUGGCAGGGCAGGGGUUCCAGUCACCACCACGGCCUAUAUUGGCUAAGCGGCCACCCAGACUUAGAUCCUGACAACGAUCAGUCCCGGGAGCAAUUCGCCCGCAUCUGGGGAUAUCAUGUAUCUGCUGUCAACCCAGAGCCUCAGCGAAUACAGGCGCCUGGAGAAGGGAAUCCCCUGAUCGGCAAUCUAUUGGAGCAGCCCCUUACGGUUCAGUUCCUAUCAAUGGUGGUCAACCGCGUGCAACGCCACCGCUGCAACAACUACUGUAUGCAGCUCAAUAAGCAUACCAAGCAGGUGGAGUGCCGCUUUGGAUUUCCUCACGGACAGCGCCUGCUAGCCUCCCUUGACAAGGUUCCUCAUUCUAAACACUGGAACUUCAGGGGCGAGAGGAACGAUGGCCAUAUUAACCACUACAACCGCUUGCUUACCGUUGCGUGGCUAGCCAAUACAGAUGUUUCGCCCUGCACGAGCCUCCAGCAGGUAAUCGAUUACGCGGCCAAAUACUGCUCCAAGUCGGAAAAGAAGAGCGAGUCUUUUGCCCAGAUCGGAAGGCCCUGA